AUGGAGACUUUUCCCGAACCUCGAAAUUUGACCAAAGAUGAACGAGCAGCCGAACAAAGUUUUUUGGAUACGUACCGAAGGUUAUCGGACGGUCGAUAUGAAAUUGGCCUACCAUUAAAAUCAACUAUCGAUUCACUAGGUGACAGCCAAACGAUGGCUUUACGACGAUUUGUCCAAAUGGAAAGACGAUUGAUUCACGAUGCUACACUACGAGAUCAGUACUUAGCAUUUAUGAGCGAUUAUAGCGAGCAAGGUCACAUGAUCAAAGCCGAAUAUCCUUGUCCUGAUGGUUUUUUCUUGCCUCAUCAUGCAGUGUUCAACCCCGCGAGCACUACCACGAAGACACGAGUUGUUUUCGAUGCGUCGGCAUCCACGACGAGUGGAACGUCUCUAAAUGAUCAUUUACUCGUCGGGCCGGUUCUGCAACGUAAGCUAACUGAAAUUGUGCUUCGUUUCAGGGUACCGAAGAUAGUGUUUACUGCGGACAUUACACAAAUGUUCCGGCAGAUUGUUAUUCGACCAAGCGAUGGAAAAUAUCAACAAGUUUUUUGGCGUGCGCGGCCUGAAGACCCUUUGGAGGUGUACCAACUAGCGACAGUCACAUAUGGCACAGCAUGUGCCCCAUUUCUAGCAACUCGAACACUGGAGCAAUUGUGCAAAGUUGAGCGAAAACGAUUUCCUUUGGCGUCCCAGGCUGGGACUGUAGACUUUUAUGUUGACGACCUACUAAGCGGAGCAGAAACAAUCGAGAAGGCAUUGGACCUACAGAACGAGUUUAUCCAAAUGAUGGCUUCAGGAGGAUUCAAACUACAUAAGUGGGCAUCAAACUGUCCUGCAUUACUGGAAUCGGUUCCGAAUGCUGAUAACGAACAAAUUGCCUUUUUUAAGGAUGAAAAAACGACACGUACCCUGGGUUUAACGUGGCAACCCCGACAAGACGUAUUCUUAACAAAACUGCACGAAAUAGAUUUCCACAACGGUCCAGUAACCAAACGAUCAAUCUAUUCAGAUAUAGCCAAAUUGUACGACCCUUUGGGCUUGUUGGGACCAGUGAUCUUCGCAGCAAAGAUACGAUUGCAACGUUUAUGGCAGCUUGAGGUUGAGUGGGACGAUGUGUUAUCCGAUGAUGAAGCUGAACACUGGACUACCUUUCGGAAUCAAUUGGUACAGAUGGGAGAAAUACCAAUCAAGCGCAGUGUCCUUCCGUACAAUUUCCCUUGCCAAGUGGAGCUACACGGAUUUUGCGAUGCGUCCAAUCUCGGUUAUGGAGCAUGCGUAUAUGUACGUUCGGUUAAUAAUUCCGGACAUUGCUCAACUAUUCUAUUAACCUCAAAGUCUCGAAUUGCACCACUGAAAAACGCUAAACCGACAAUACCGCGUCUUGAACUUUGCGGUGCACGUGAACUUGCCCGAUUAAUUUCAAAUAUAACGCACAAUUUGAACAUUACUUUUUCCAAAAUUGUUCUUUGGUGCGAUUCCACCACCGCUAUUUCUUGGAUAAAGACCGACCCAAGCAAGCUGAAGACAUUUGUUUGCAACAGAGUUAUCGAAAUACAGCAACUGACCAAAAGUAUGGAGUGGAGACAUGUGAGCACAAACGAAAAUCCAGCAGAUUUCAUAUCGCGUGGACUAUUACCUAGCGAGAUCCGAGCAUGCAAGCUUUGGUGGUUUGGUCCGACAUUUUUGACCAAAGACGAGACAGACUGGCCUGUGAAUUCUCAACAACUUCCAAUAGAACAGCUUCCAGAAUCGCGAAAUCCUUCAAUGAGCUUCGCGGUCAUCGAUACAUCCGAAAAAUUCAUCUUGUUCGCCAGGCAGAGCAGCUUUAGGCGAAUGCAACGUGUCAUGGCAUUUGCACUGCGAUUCAUCGACCAUAUUCAGCGAGGUAGUCAAAAGGAUCAUCGAUAUGGGCAGCUCACCAUCCAAGAAUUAGACGAGGCAACGAAGGCGAUGAUCAGCAUAGCCCAGAGAGAAGCGUUUCCCAGAGAUUUCCGUUGUCUUGAAUCUGGUCAGGUAAUUCAUCAACAGAGUAGGUUAACUCAGUAUUCAGUGUUUCUAGAUAAAAGUCGUUUUGCUGUGAUGCGAGUUGGUGGAAGGAAUCAUAAUGCUUCAUGGAUACCGAUACAUCAGAGGCAUCCCAUGAUAUUACCACCUGGUCAUCCAUUCACACAUGCAGUUGUAAGAGCAUAUCAUGUUGAACUUCUGCAUGCUCCACAACAGCUAUUACUCAACGCGUUGCAAAGACUAUAUUGGUUAGUACACGGUCGCAGCACUGUACGCUGGGUCAUUCGACGGUGUGUUACUUGUUUCAAGGCGAAACCAGUGACAAUGCAACAGAUGAUGGGCAACUUACCGAAAUCACGCCUUGAAGGUGGCUACACAUUUCGAAAUACUGGAGUGGAUUUUUGUGGUCCUGUGUAUGUCCGUCAGCAAAAUAAGCGGUCAACUGUCGUGUAUAAGGCGUAUGUGGCAGUCUUUGUUUGCUUCGCCACGAAGGCGAUACAUUUAGAGCUGGUUUCCAACCUAACGGCGAAUGCAUUUAUUGCCGCAUUACAACGCUUCAUUUCACGCAGAGGUAAAUGUGAACGAUUGUUUUCCGAUAAUGGUCUGAAUUUCGUUGGUAGCAAGAACAAGUUACGAGAAAUGUACGAUAUGUUCCGGUCUCAGCUUUUUAAGCACAAGCUGGACGAUUUCUGUUCAAAGGCAGCCAUAGACUGA